AUGGCCGCCCCAGCCCUGGACCAUUUGUCCAAGAGACGUAGAAAGCUUGAACAGCUUCAUCGGAAAACUCUAGCGUUCUCUGGAAAUCUGCCUCCUGUCGAUUUAAUCGAUGUCCAAAAUGGAAGCUCCGCAUCUUCCUCUAGAAACAAUAUAGGCAACAGCAUUAGUAGUAUUAGUAGUAGUAGUAGUAGUAGUAAUGGCAGCAGCAACAACAACAGCAACAAUAACUCAGACACUAGUUCUACCAGCUCCAUUGGUUCUACGGGCUCUUUAUCUAAUGGUCAUGCACGAUCCAAACAUGAAACCGCUUUUUCUUUGGCAACACCGUCGUCGCUCGCCUCAUACAUCAGCAUACCAUCUUCCACCCAGACCAAAUCUUUAUCUCACCUUGCAUCUUCAUCACAUACAUCCCAAGACGCUAAACGAAACAAUCACCAUCGAUCACGCCUUCCAAAAGAUUUUGACAAAGUUCAAGUCCGUCGUUCAUGCACUGCACUGCUUAAGUUUGCUCAUGCAAAAUAUACUGCCUUGAAUUCUCACAAACCUCAUUUUCAACAACACACAUCUAUAGAAGAUAGCUUAUCAGCUGAUGCCUUACCAGCAGCACCCUUCCCAUAUGGAGAACCAAUUUAUCUUACCAUCCAGACCUUUUCCGAAAUCGCUUCACUCCGUUCUAUUGUCCCUUUCCUCAUCCCUCUCCCUAACCGCAUUAGGCCUAAACUCGCUGAUCUCUCCAUAUGCCUUAUCACCCGUGAUCCACGCGCUCCUAUAGUGGCUGUUCUAGAGGCUGAUAAGAAUUCACCUACCCACGGCGUUUUCACAGAAAUUGUCUCAGCUGGGAAACUUCGCAGCAAGCUUAUCAGCUUUAGCGAUGCGAAAAAGAAACAACACCGUCGUAAGCAUCUCGAUCAAGACGAACCACCCAGCAAAAAAACCAAGCACGCUGUCGACAAUCCUCAUAAAGCUGCGCCUGGUUAUGUUAAAUCUUUUGACAUUAUCGUUAAUGACUCUGAAAUCACUUCGGAAAAACUUACAAAAAUUUUUGGUCCUGGCGUUUAUCUUAAGGCGCCGGGCCUUAAAAUCACAAUUCCAGUUCCCAUCUCCCUUCAGCCUCCUGUUUCUGAGGAUGCAACCCCAGCACAGGCUCAAAAGAUUAAAGAUACUAUUGCUGAUCCCCUUGUUAUUAAGAACCAACUUAAGUAUAUUGCUCGUUCUUCUGCAGUAAUCAAAGCUCCUGGAAAAAACCUUUCUAUUCUUGUUGGUCUUUCAUCUUUUACACCAGAACAGCUUAUGGAAAAUAUUGCAGCUACAAUCUCUACUGUUCUUCAGAAACAAGGCGGUCUUAUUCAGGGCUCUUGGGAAAAUGUCAAGGCAAUCACAAUCAAGACUGCCAAAAGUGCAAGCAUGCCCAUCUACCAAAACACAGCUGCACUGGAAUUGCACCAGCCUUCCAUUGCUGAUCUUAAAAAUGGAUCUGCCGUGGCUAAAGCUGCUAGCAAUAAUAAUGAUAAUGACGAUGACGAUAAUAAUGAUGACGAAUAA